AUGGCCCAGGCCCGGCUGCAGGAGCUGGAGGCGCUGAGAUGGUUUCCCAGAGGCUCAGCCUUGCAGGAGCUGGAGGCGCUGGCCCAGGAGCUGCUGCGGGCUCUGGGCUCGGGCUGGGCGGAGCAGCUCCUGCUCCGGGGGCUGGAGCGGCGUCGGGACCUGGAGCUGAGGCUGCUGGACACGCGGGGCAGGGCAGGGGGACUCCUCCAGGCGCUGGUGGCAGCGGAGGCCGCGGUGGCCGAGCGGGUCCUGCGUGGGGAGGCCGAGCUGGGGCGGUGCCGGCAGCGCCUGCAGGGGCUGCUCCUGGAGCUGCAGCGGGCACAGCAGGCCUGGCACGGCUCCCAGGCCCGCUCCCAGGGUCCCUGGGGGGUGGUUUUAGGGCCGGGGGUCCCCGUUGUGCCCCUUGACAUGCCCGGGGAGCUGCGGCGGGAGCUGCAGGAGCUGCGGGAGCGGCUGCGGGGGCUGCACCGGGACCACCAGAGCCGCCAGGACGACGCUCCUGCCCUGCUGCACCUGAUCCAUCUCUACUACAAGAUCAGCCGCAUCGACUGGGACUACGAGGCGGAGCCGGGCGCGUCAGAGGUCCACUACGGCCCCGACAUCGCCCAGCCCUUCGACCUGGACCGGGCCCGGCACUCCCUCUUCAUCAGCGACUUCCUCUGGAGCCUCGUGCCCACCCAGUGGGGCCCCAGGGACCCCCUUCCCGCCAGGGGCAGCAGAACCCCCGGGGUACCAACACCCACCCGAGGGCACCGAACGCCCCUCGGGGGCAGCGACCCCAACACCGAAGUGUUGUAA